AUGUCAGGCCUCUUCGGUAGCUCGGCGGCCGCGUCGUCGGCCACCUCCAACACACAAGGCGACCUGUCCAAGGAUGUCGAGGUUGCCCAACCCCCCGAGGAUACAGUCACAGACCUCGCCUUCUCCAGCGCCGCAGACCUCAUGGCUGUGUCGAGUUGGGACAAGAAGGUUCGCAUAUACGAGAUCAACUCCCAAGGGCAGAGCCAGGGGAAGCACAUGUACGAGCACGAAGCUCCCGUCUUCAGUGUAGACUGGUCCAAGGACGGAAAGAUGCUCAUUUCAGCAGGCGCGGACAAGAAAGCCAUGCUCUGCGACGUAGCAACUGCCCAACAGCAACAGAUCGCCGCCCACGAUCAACCCAUCAAGUGCGCCCGAUUCUUCGACUCCCCUAACUCAAACACUCCCAUGGUCGUCACCGGUUCCUGGGACAAGACCAUCAAGUAUUGGGACACGAGAACCCCCAACCCCGUUGGCAGCGUCACCGCCCAAGAACGUGUCUACACCAUGGACGUCAAGAACAACCUGCUCGUUGUCGGAACCGCAGACAGGUACAUCAACGUCAUCAACCUUUCCGACCCCCUCAAGUUCUACAAGACCCUGCAGAGCCCGCUUAAGUGGCAAACGAGGGUCGUCAGCUGUUUUGCUGACGCAUCCGGCUUCGCUAUUGGCUCCAUCGAAGGCCGCUGUGCCAUUCAAUACGUCGAGGAGAAGGACGCCACCAGCAACUUCUCCUUCAAGUGCCACCGUGACCCCCCGAACGGCAACGUCACCAACGUCUACUCCGUCAAUGACAUCUCCUUCCACCCUCAGCACGGGACCUUCAGCACCGCUGGCAGCGACGGUACCUUCCACUUCUGGGACAAGGACGCCAAGCACAGGCUCAAGGGGUACCCGACAGUUGGAGGCAGCAUCACCGCGACGACAUUCAAUGCGAGCGGCAGCAUAUUUGCCUAUGCUGUUGGCUAUGACUGGAGCAAGGGACACCAGGGCAACCAGCAAAACUACCCGAACAAAAUCAUGCUGCACCCCAUCCAAGGAGAGGAGUGCAAGCCCCGACCCAACCCCAAGAAGCGCUAG